AUGAUCGAUCGGUAUAAACAUCAACAGUUACGAAUUGGAUUAGUUUCUCCUCAACAAAUAAGCGCUUGGUCCACGAAAAUCCUCCCUAAUGGGGAGAUAGUUGGAGAGGUGACAAAACCCUAUACUUUUCAUUACAAAACCAAUAAACCGGAAAAAGAUGGAUUAUUUUGUGAAAGAAUUUUUGGCCCUAUUAAAAGUGGAAUUUGUGCUUGUGGAAAUUAUCGAGUAAUCGGGGCUGAAAAAGAAGACCCAAAAUUUUGUGAACAAUGUGGAGUCGAAUUUAUUGAUUCUCGGAUACGAAGAUAUCAAAUGGGCUACAUCAAACUCGCAUGCCCAGUAACCCAUGUGUGGUAUUUAAAACGUCUUCCCAGUUAUAUUGCGAAUCUUUUGGAUAAACCUAUUAAAGAAUUAGAAGGCCUAGUAUACUGCGAUAGUAUAGGAUCCUAUCCCAAUUUUUCUUUUGCUAGACCCAUAACAAAAAAACCCACUUUCUUGCGAUUACGAGGUUUAUUUGAAUAUGAAAUCCAAUCUUGGAAAUACAGCAUCCCACUUUUUUUUACUACCCAGGGCUUCGAGACGUUUCGCAAUCGAGAGAUCUCUACGGGUGCAGGUGUUAUUCGAGAACAAUUAGCCGAUCUGGAUUUACGAAUUAUUCUAGACAAUUCAUUGGUAGAAUGGAAAGAGUUAGGGGAAGAAGGGCUUACAGGGAAUGAAUGGGAAGAUCGAAGGGUUGGAAGAAGAAAGGAUUUUUUGGUUAGACGCAUGGAACUGACUAAGCAUUUUCUUCGAACAAAUAUAGAACCAGAAUGGAUGGUUCUGUGUUUAUUACCCGUUCUUCCUCCUGAGCUAAGACCCAUCAUUCAGAUAGAUGGGGGAAAAUUAAUGAGCUCGGAUAUUAAUGAACUCUAUAGAAGAGUUAUCUAUCGGAACAAUACUCUUACCGAUCUAUUAACAACAAGUAGAUCUACGCCAGGAGAAUUAGUAAUGUGUCAGGAAAAAUUGGUACAAGAAGCCGUGGAUACACUUCUUGAUAAUGGAAUACGUGGACAACCAAUGAGGGACGGUCAUAAUAAAGUUUACAAGUCAUUUUCGGAUGUAAUUGAAGGCAAAGACGGAAGAUUUCGUGAGACUCUGCUUGGCAAACGGGUCGAUUAUUCAGGGCGUUCCGUCAUUGUCGUGGGUCCUUCACUUUCAUUACAUCGAUGUGGAUUGCCACGUGAAAUAGCAAUAGAGCUUUUCCAGACAUUUGUAAUUCGUGGGCUAAUUAGACAACAUCUUGCUUCGAACAUAGGGGUUGCGAAGAGUAAAAUUGGGGAAAAAGAACCCAUUGUAUGGGAAAUACUUCAGGAAGUUAUGCAGGGGCAUCCUGUAUUACUGAAUAGAGCACCCACUCUGCAUAAAUUGGGCAUACAGGCAUUCCAGCCCGUUUUAGUGGGGGGGCGUGCUAUUUGUUUACAUCCAUUAGUUUGUAAGGGAUUCAAUGCAGAUUUUGAUGGGGAUCAAAUGGCUGUUCAUGUACCUUUAUCUUUAGAGGCUCAGGCAGAGGCCCGUUUACUUAUGUUUCCUCAUAUGAAUCUUUUGUCUCCAGCGGUUGGAGACCCCAUUUCCGUACCAACUCAGGAUAUGCUUAUUGGACUCUAUGUAUUAACGAGCGGGAAUCGUAGAAGUAUUUGUGUAAAUAGGUAUAAUCCACGGAAUCGCAGAAACGAUCAAAAUAAAAGAAGUCACAAUAAUAACCAUGUUUAUACAAAAGAACCCUUUUUUUCUAAUUCCUAUGAUGUGAUCGGAGCUUAUCGGCAGAAACGAAUCAAUUUAGAUAGUCCUUUGUGGCUCCGGUGGCGACUAGAUCACCGCCUUAUUGCUUCAAGAGAAACUCCUAUCGAGGUUCACUAUCAAUCUUUAGGCACUUAUUAUGAGAUUUAUGGACACUAUCUAAUAGUAAGAAGUAUAAAAAACGAAAUUCUUUUUAUAUACAUUCGAACCACUGUUGGUUCGAUUUCUCUUUAUCGAGAAAUCGAAGAAGCCAUACAUGGGUUUUCUCAUGUCUGCUCAUAUGGUACCCAAUUGCGCUAA